CUGAUUUCUUGUAUUAUUUAUUUAACAUUAUCACGUUAUAUUUUUGCAAUGUUUUGAAAAUGGUAUCAAUAGAGGCAAAGGCCACCACCACAUAAAGAGAUAAAACAGGAUUGGUUAGAAAGUUCAUGUUUACAAAAUAUAAAAUUGUUUUAUCUCAUGCCGAUUUUUAUAAAGUUCCGGCUCUUUAAACACUUAUUUAUUUGACGUCUCACGUUCCUACGGAUUUAUAAGUCUUCUAGAGUAUAUAAUGUAAUUGUCUAAUGUUACAAGGUAGAAAUAUUUUUAACUUUGAUCGAAAGUUUUAGGUCAUUAUACAUAAAAAUGUUGCACUAUUUUAUUAGAUGCAGAGGGCAAGUUAAUUUUCUACAAAAAUGUCUUAUUUGUCGAACGAAAUCAAUUUCUGUAGAAAAGGGUACCACCGACAAAGUUCUACAAAAUGGACAGGAUUCCAGUUCUUUGUCUCUAGAGAAAUUAAAAAAGAACAUAGUAUCGAUAAAAGAAAAGCUUGUACCAUGGACAAAUGACGAUGACAGUGAUUUAAUUAAAUGGAUGGGUCAGCCACCUAUAAUUCCAAAGCAUUGUGAUAUUGUAAUUAUUGGAGGAGGAGCUAUGGGAAGUUCGAUAGCUUUCUGGUUGAAAAAACGAAUUUAUAAACAUAUGAAAGUUGUAGUCAUUGAAAGGGAUCCCACUUAUACUGCAGCAUCAACAGUUCUCUCUGUCGGUGGUUUACGUCAACAAUUUUCACUCAAAGAGAAUAUUGAAAUGUCCCUUUUUGGUGCAGAAUUUAUACGCAACAUUAAUAAUUAUUUAAACGUUGGCGAAGAUACUCCAAUCGAUCCAUGUUUUCGUCCUCAUGGGUAUUUAAUGUUAGCAUCUAAAAAUGGUGCUGAAAUAUUAUCACAGAAUUCUAAAUUACAGAAUUUUCUUGGAGCAAAGAACAUUUUACUAUCAGCUACCAAGUUAAAAGACAUGUUUCCUUGGUUGAACACGGAAGAUAUCGAAUUGGGCUGUUUAGGAUUAGAGAAAGAAGGCUGGUUCGAUCCGUGGGCUCUUCUUUGCGCUUUUAAAAAAAAGGCGAUGGUCUUAGGAGCACAAUAUAUUACCGCGGAAGCUGAAGGCUUCACUUAUAAAGAACAAGGAGAUGAUCCUUCUGGUCGAUUAAACGAAUUAAUUGUAAAAACGCCAGAGGGUGAAAUCCAUAAAAUACAAUUUUCGAUGGCUAUUGUAGCCGCGGGUGCUUUUAGCGGAGAAAUAGCAAAAAUGGCUAACAUUGGUACAGGAGAUGGACUUAGAAGGAUAUCAUUACCUGUCGAACCAAGAAAAAGAUACGUUUAUUGUUUCCACUGUAAUGAUGGACCAGGUAUAAAUACACCGCAAACGAUAGAUCACACAGGCACAUAUUUCAGGAGAGAAGGUUUAGCAGGCAAUUUUGUUUGUGGAAGGUCACCGUCAGAAGACGGAGAACCUUCGGUCAAAGAUUUAAACGUUGAUUAUAAUUAUUUCGACGAACACGUUUGGCCAAUGCUUGCACGAAGGUGUACGGCUUUCGAAAGUUUAAAGUUAAAAUCUUCUUGGGCGGGAUACUAUGAUUAUAAUACAUUUGAUCAAAAUGGAAUAAUCGGAAGACACCCAUUUUAUGAGAACUUAUUUUUUGCGACUGGAUUUAGUGGUCAUGGAAUUCAACAAUCGCCAGCAGUAGGUAGAGCAGUUUCAGAAUUAAUUAUUGACGGUAACUUUCAAACAAUUGAUUUAUCAAAUUUUGGUUUCGAAAGAUUCAUUAAAGGUAAACUUAUGCAUGAAGUGAACAUUAUUUAAGUUUACUUGAAAUGUGUUACGUCGACGUAUAACAAAAUUAUACAUUUUUUAUAAUUGUACAAAACUGUUGAUAUUUAUGCAUUUAUGACACAUCGAAAUAUGUAGAUAGAAAUUGUGCAAAAUUUUUGACAUAAGAUAAUGCUAUCAAAUGUGAUUUAUAUGUGUAAUAUAAUAAUAUAUAGUAAACGAUCGUCUGGUGAGAA